AUGGGCAUAUGCACAGAGAGGCCAGAGAGCAUCGCGGACGCGGCCGUGGUUGCUUACAGCGACGGAUCGAUCCUAUCGGCUUUGCGGGAGGCAUCUACUACUGUCCUAUACCAACACAGGGGGAGUACAUACGGCGGGAUUGAUGCUGAUGCGUUGCUCUCUUGGACGAACGUCUGGAAGAUGCUGUCGCUGUUAUUUACGUUCGUUGUGGCUGGCUUGCUCGGUCUAGAAGCCCUGAGAUACCAUUCACACUCUAUAGAUAUCCGGGUCUCUCUCUUGCUCGCUGCUCUCUUCUACCUGGCGGUCAAGAUAUACCAUGUUCUGAUCUACCCUUUUGCCGUCUCUCCUCUGCGCCAUCUGCCAACUCCAAAGGACACGACUGCUAAAAAGUCUAAACAGGGGAACUUAAUCCUCGGUCAGACGAUUAAACAGUUCACCGGUGGCAGUCCUCAUGCCGCGCCCGUCAACUGGAUGAGACAGUUCCCGGAUGCAGACCUCAUCCGUCCCCUCAUGCUGGGGAACUCCGAGAUCGUCCUGGUCAACAGUCCCAGGGCGCUGCGGGAGGUCUCACAGACACACUGCUACUCCUUCGUCAAGCCUGGCUUCCUCUUCCGCACCGCGGGCGAGUUCAUCGGUGAGACCGGUGUCUUCUUCGCGGAGGGAGAGGCCCAUAAGCACCAGCGCAGGAUUCUUGCCGUAUCAUCCUUCCUGGCAAAGGCGACCCUCGACGUGAUAGGGAAGACGGUUCUGGGCUACGAACUCGACAGUCUCACCCAGACUUCAGAGUUUGACCAGCGGUACAUCGAUGUCAUGCACCUCUCCUCCACGGACCAGAUCAUGCUAGCUCUCAAUAACUGGUUUCCGGCCCGGAAAUGGAUACCCAUACAGGCCAACCGCCGCUUUCUCGACGGAAACCGAAUCAUCAAGCAGAUGCUAGAAGAACACAUCAAGCAGCGUGUCCUCGCUCUCAGUGUCGAAACUUACACCGAAAAAGUGCUGGAAGGCGAUGAUCUGCUCACAAUGACAAUACGCGGAUACCUCGAUAGGGGUGAGCCGUUUUGCGAAGACCAGUUGGUUUCACAGGUCCGGCUUCGCUCAGCCAUAAACGCAGCAAUCCGUGAGCAAACCUACACUUACGAAACAGUGCAAUCAAUAGAUUAUCUGGAUUUCGUCGUAAAGGAGGUUCUCCGGCUCUUCCCCCCUUUCGUUUCCGUGCUGCGCACUGCUUCAGAGGAUAUCAGUAUAUGCGGCAACAUCGUACCCGCGGGGACUCUAUUGAUGAUAUAUCCUGCUGUCUCCCAGCUCAACCCAUCCAUAUGGGGUACUACGGUCAACGACUUCGAUCCGGAUAGAUGGUACAAUUUGCCCGAAGCCGCGCAGGACCCGUACGUAUUUCAGACCUUCCACAGCGGACCGCGUGUCUGCAUCGGGCGGGCCUUUGCACUACUUGAGAUCAAGGUCUUUCUCAUACAGCUUUUGCGGAAGUGGGCGUUUCACCCAGUUGAAAGAGUUAUCAACAUACCAAAGACGGGCUUUGCAUUGAAACCCACCGACGGAUUAAAGCUUAGAGUUACUCCGGCUCCAUUGUCAUAG